AUGAAGUUGGUAUCGAUCUACUUUAGUAAAGACACGGCAAAGCAGGCAAUAACGGAGCUUGGCAAAAAUGAACUGCUACACUUCAAGGACUUGAAUGCCGAUCUGAAGGCUGAAAAAUUGCUAUACAUCCGUGAAAUCAAUCACAUGGAAAAACUAGUUUCAAGACUGAGGUACCUAACAGCAGACAUUCCAGACAUAGACGAAAGCAUCAAGCACAGCGAUGUGGAUCAGGUUGAACAGCAAAUCAACAAAUUUUUCUCAAGGCUGAUCCAGCUCAAGACAAUGAAGAGGGAAACAAGCACAAACAAUACAAGGCUCAGGGAGGAUUUGUACAUGCUAGAGGAGACAGAGAGCUUUGUUGGGACUGUCACUGAGGAGACCCAUCUGAUUCAGCUUGAUUUUAUAACGGGGAUAGUUGAAAGGAGCAAGAAGUUCCUAAUAAGGAAGGUUUUGCAUCAGGCACUUAGAAGGAACUUGGUAAUAAGAACCAAGGAUGUGGAUGGGGAGUGCAAGAGUGUGUUUAUUGUAUUUGCACAUGGAGCAGAGGCGCUUGACAAGGUUAAGGAUAUUUUUUCUUCGCUGGGAGGGAGAAUAUUGGACCAUAAGAAGUUCAGGGAGUGCAAGAAGGGACUACUAGAACUAAGUGCAGUGAUAAGUCAAAUGCAGCAAAUUGAAAGCCAUAACGAAGAGGCGAUCAUGAAUGAGCAGGAAAAGAUAAAGCAGCUUGCAAAUACAUGGAGGUAUUAUAUGAACAAGGAAAUGAAAAUAUACCAGACGCUUAACAAGCUCAAUUUUGAUUUUGACAGAGACUGCCUGAUUGGUGAAGCAUGGAUUCCGUCAGACACAAUCGGAAGGCUUAAGAAGAUUGGUGAGUUUAAGGGAGAAGGAACGAAUCUGUUUGCUUUUGAGGUUAAUGAGAGUGUAGAGAUGCCUCCGACGUACUUCAAGACGAAUGAUUUUACAGAAUCGUUCCAGGCAUUGACCAAUACAUAUGCGGUUCCUUCAUAUGGUGAGGUGAAUCCAGCGGUUUUCACGUUGUUUACGUUCCCGAUGCUUUUUGGAUGCAUGUUUGGGGAUGUAUUCCAUGGCCUGCUACUGCUGCUUUUGUCUACGUUUAUGAUAAGAAAUGCGAAGAAGUUCAAGAAUGUUUCUGAGACCAUGAAAAUGAUAGUGGAUGGGAAGUAUGUGAUAUUUUUGUUUUCUCUCGGAGCAAUGUUCUUUGGGUUUCUCUACUCGGACUUUGCGUCUCUAUCGAUCCCACUGUUUUUGUCAAGCAAGGAUACGGGAAGAACCUAUCCGUUUGGAGUAGAUCAUAUGUGGCAUCACUCAAAGAACGAGAUGGUUUUUUUGAACUCGAUGAAGAUGAAGAUGUCGAUAAUAAUUGGGUUUUUCCAUAUGAGCCUUGGAGUGGUAAUAUCGUUUAUGAACGCAGCGUACCUGAAAGAGCCUGUUGAGAUAUAUGGUGUUCUGAUACCUCAGACGAUUGUGUUUUUUUCUUUUGCAGGCUAUAUGGUGUUUUUGAUCAUCUACAAAUGGUUGGUGACGUCCAACUAUCCAUCGAUAAUUGGAGUUUUGGUAAAUAUGUUUACGAAUCCGUUUGUGGUUGCAGAAGAGAUGUAUCCGCACCAGCAACAGGUUCAGCUGUUUCUGUUGACUCUAAUGCUAGUGUCUGUGCCGUGGAUGCUUGUUGGCAAGCCUAUAUACAUGAUUGUGAAAAAAAUGGUGAAGAAGGAUGAAAUUUCAGGAUUGUGGAUCAAUCAGUUUAUACAUGUUGUUGAGUUUGGCCUUGGGCUUAUAUCAAACACGUCCUCGUACCUGCGGCUGUGGGCGGUUUCUUUGGCGCAUGCUCAGCUUACAAGGGUGCUGCACGAGUUCACAAUAGGGCGUGGAGGGUUUGUGAUUCCGCUUAUGCUUUCGGGAAUAUACGCAGUGGGAACAAUAAUCUUGCUGAUUGGAAUGGAAGGUCUUGGAUCGUGUCUUCAUGCAAUGCGAUUGAAUUGGAUUGAAUUCCAUUCGAAGUUUUUCCGUGGGAAGGGAUACCUGUUUGAGCCUCUUGGGUUUAGCAUGACGCCUGAUGAAGAUUAG